AUGCAAAUGUUGGAAAAAAUAAAAAGAGAAAUUUCCAUUUUGGAUUGUUUAAACCACCCCCACAUCACUCGCCUUUACGAGCUGGUGGACACGCCCACAGACAUCUUCGUCGUCAUGGAAUACGUCGCAGGCGAGGGGGGGGAGCUGUUCGACCACAUUAUUCAAAAGUCGAGGCUUUGCGAGUCCGAGGCGAGAAGAUUCUUUCAGCAGAUUGUUUCUGCUGUGGAGCACUGCCACCAGCACCUCAUAUGCCACCGGGACUUGAAGCCUGAGAACGUCUUGCUGGACGAAAAUCUAAAUGUCAAAGUGGGCGACUUCGGCCUUUCAAACUUCAUGCGGUAA